UCAACUCACAACAGCAGGAUUGAACGAUCCUGGGUUGAGGUCGGCACUCAAUUUGCUUGCAUGUGGCAUGCAUUUUUCUACCAGCUUGAGAGGCUUCAUGGACUCAAUGUAUCUAAUGCCCAGCAUCUUUGGCUAUUACAUGAGCUGUUCCUCAGACAGAUUGAGUCUGACUGCAACACAUUUCAAGCUGAAUGGAAUGUACACCCUAUCUCUGGAGAAGGACAUGAUCAGAGCCCAAAUGAUAUGAGGCUUAUGGGCCAGCUCAAGCAUGGACUAUAUGCUGACGAUUGUGAAGGAGUCCAUCCUGAUAUCAUCAGACAAUACUAUGGAACUGCAGGAAGGCCUAUUCAUCGUGCACCCCAUCAAACUGGAGCAGGUCAUCCCUCAGAUGAGGAAUGGGAAGAUAUUAAUGAUGCAGAGGACAUUGGUACAGAAGAUCUACAAGAGCUUCCCCAGCUUAUCGCUGCAGAUCACAAUGCCCAUUUUCACCAUAAGCCUGUCCGUGUCCCAAAACAUGCCAGUCCUUUUUGCUCUGCUACUCUUUACGACACCUUUUGUCAAGCCCUUGAUCAAGUACAAGAGGCAGAGCAUAUCCCAGAUGGAUUUGGUAUCCUUCCACAUGAAUGGGAUGAUGAUGAGUAUCCUUCACAUGAAAUAAUUCAAUCAGGAUAA